AUGGAUACCGUGCCCUCCGAGCCGUCAGCUGUCGCCGUAGCCGUGACGUCAGCGCAGAGCGCGCUUGUCAGCUGGCUGCCGCCAAACGAGCCGAACGGAAUUAUCACGUCUUACGUGAUUUACGUCAGGGCGGUGUCGCCAUCGACCACGGCCACGGAGGAGCGGCUGCCAGUGUCGCCGGCCGCCCUGCUGCACUCGCUGGCUGGGUUAAGUGAACGGGGCGACUACGCCGUUAGGGUGGCGGCGCGCACCUCCGCCGGCGAGGGGCGGCCCUCGCGGCCCGUGCCCUUCACUACAGCUCUGUCCGGCAACGUGCCAGUGCAGAUGGUCUCGCUGAGUCGGUCCGUUGCUGUAGACGAGGGCGAGGUGCUGACUUUGCCCUGUCGCCACGUGGGCGAGCCGCGACCCAGCCGGACCUGGUACCGGGACGGCCAGCCCGUCCACGAUCCUAGGUUCGUCACGCUGAAGGAUGGCUCACUGCAGCUGAGUCACGUGACCCGGAGGGACGAUGGCAACUACACGUGCCGGGCGUACAACCGGGAGAGUACAGCGUCCGUCACGUACGCCGUCAGUGUGCUCGGUGUUCCUCCCGCCCCGACGCUGCUGGUGAGCAACAGCAUGGGUGACUGGCUGAUGGUGCGCUGGUCGUCGGGUGACCCACACGGCCUCGUCAUCCGCGGCUAUCGGCUGGAGUUCUGGCACGGCCACGGGCUCCACCGGUCCGAGGUCGCCCUGGAGCGGUUUGUCCGCGAAUACAAGCUGGCCGGUCUCACGUGCGGCACCGUCUACCAUCUGCGCCUGCGCGCCUUCAACAGACUGGGUGACAGCGAGCCGAGCCAGCCGAUCAAGGCGCGCACCGCCGGCCGGCCGCCCUCUCUCGCCGACCCCGACCGGCUCGUGACCGUCAACGACACCGAGGUCACCGUGCGGCUUGACCUCUGGAGUGCCCCCGGCUGCGCCCUGCGUCGGUUCACCGUGCGCUGGUGGCUGGCGGAUGUGCCAAACGAUACAGCGAGCGUGGAGCUGGGCGGCGCCGUGCGGCGACACGUCAUCCCCAGCCUGCUGCCGGCCGCCGCCUACGUCAUCAACGUGACGGCCGCCAACCCGGCGGGCGUCGCCUCGCACGUGACGCUGGUCAGGACGCGCGAGUCUGUCGACGUGGGCGCCUCCUCAGUGCCAGCCGACCUGCGGCCGGGCCCCACGCUGGGCCUGCGCGUCGUGGUGCCCGUGGUCGCCUCCCUCGUCAGCCUGCUGAUGGUCGCCUCGGCCGCGUAUCUAUGCGUCCGGAAGAGGCGGCGGAAAGUGCCGCUGUACUUGGCGGAGCCGCCGGGGUACGCCGUCGGUGGCAAGGCCCCGGAGCCACCUCCGCCGCCGCCGCCGCCGCCGCCACCGCCGUCGCUGCCGGCAUCUGGUGCGGAGCCCCAGAAGCGUGAAGAUGUAUGCCCGUACGCCACGUAUUACCCGGCGUCGCGGAGCCGGGCGCCGGGGCUGACCUCAGGUCACUGUGCGUCGCUGCCGACCCCGCUGGCCGCUGACCCGAGCGUCGACAUGGAGGCCGCGUACGCCGACCCACGGCAGCACCUGCUCAGGCUGCCCCUGCACGGCCCGCCCCAGCGGCAGCGGGUGCGCAGUCUGCCGGUCAGCGAUGAGUACGACUCACCCGACUCGGACUCGGACUCGGUGGGCGUGCUGGGUCAGGGCAGGUCAGCGUCCCUGCGCAGGGCCCACCGCCACCACGCGAGAGAUCAGCGGUCGUACGCCGAGUCCUCCAGCUCCUCCUGCCAGGCGUCACCUGACCUCAGGUCGAGAUCGCUCUCGUCGAAGCGUGCCCGGCGGAAGAGGCGGCGCACCAAGACGCCGGUGCUGAUGCCUCCGGCGGCCGACCUGGCGUGUCGCGGCCGCACCGCCGCCGAGGUCGAGACGCUGCUGCUCCAGCAGCUGCAGAUGCAGCAGGAGCUGACGGCGCGCAAGGCUGCCGACGCUGAGCUGGACCUGCGCGCGCUGGCGCACAAGCUGAAGGGCCGCGACUUCAGCAUCAAUGUGUGAGCGGCCAUGGACCGUCGGCGCCGCGUCGGCCGCUCCUGACGACGGCGUCGUCGCCUCUUCCAGCCGCCCUUCGAGCGGGCUUCGGCGCCGCGUCGGCCGCUCCUGACGACGGCGUCGUCGCCUCUUCCAGCCGCCCUUCGAACGGGCUGGUGUGUGGACCAACGCCUCGCUCAGAGCGACCGGGCUUUGUGGAGGUGGACGGGUGAACGGUGGGAGGCGGCCGCUGGCCCGUCUCCGUCUGCGCCACUGAGCAGCAACAUGGAUAGGCAGUCACGAAUGACGUAGUCGUUAACUCGGUGACGCGUUCACAAUCUCAUUCGUGUAGACGCCGCGCCAAAAAUGUGUUGCGAAAAGUGAAAAUGUGAGAUGGUCAUUGCGUAGAUCGCCUCAAGUUCGGAAGAUAAUGCUGUAUGGCUCAAGCAUAUAUGACUGUUGCCAUGUACUAGCGUUAAACUUGUUAGAUGUCCUGAGUCUCAGA